GGCGGGCGACAAAAUCCCGCCCCCCCUCCGACUGCGAGGCGGUUAAAACACCGUUGCGCCGUCGAGAAGGUUCGAUCCUUGAAGAAGGCAGCAGCCGCGAGCCGGCGAGGGAACCAAUCAGAGACGCGGAGAGCGCCGACGCCACAACCGCUGAGAGAGAAGACUCGUCGGCGGACGCGCCGCGAUGGUGGCGCCGCUGAGGCUGCCGCUGCUCCUGCCGCUGUUGGUGGUGCUGACGGGGAGCGGGCUGGCGUGGGGCUGGACCCAGCAGGGUAAGGCCAGGCCGGAGCGGCGGGCGGGUGGGGAAGGGCCGCAGUAUCCUGUCAGAGGCUACUGUCGUCAGUCGUGACAGGGAAAUGGGGCCUCCAGGCUCAAGAGCAGUUUACCUCAGAAACGCCUUCGGUGCGGGAGGGCGGCUCUCUCGGCGCCCUGCUUGCUUGGGAGCUUCCUGGUUUGACAGGCAGAAGUGGGACCGGCCAUUUUAUGUUUUUAUAUUGCAGUUUUAUCUUGUGAAAUAUUUGGGUCCUGUAGGUAUGGGGCAGUAUACAAAUUUAGUAGUAGUAGUAGUAGUAGUAAAUGGCCCACAGAACCCCUUCAACUCAACAGUACUGUGAUUCUAUGAAUUAAUGAAUUAAUGAAUUAAUAAAUGAAAGAUGCAGGCUCCAAGGCAGUUUGUCUCUGAAUAUGACUGGGGUUUUUGGGGUGUGGGUGGGAGAGAGAAAUAAACAGGAGAGCAGUUGUCUUUUUGUAAGAGUUCCAGAAUCAUCUGACUGGUCACUAAGUGAAUAUUUGGUGUGAUCCAACAAGUGUCUUUUCAUAUUCUCAGUAAUUGUGGUGACAACAUGGAAACCUUCCUAUUCAGCAGCAGUAUCUGCAUACUAAUCACUAGUCAGGCCAGGGGGAAGCUGUAGCCUUCAAAGGCAUCUUAUGAAUAAGGUAGUGGGCUAAUUGAACCUCAAUGUAACAGCUCAGUGCUGGGAAUUUCAUGGACUUUGGAAUUCAGAUCCAAUGUGCUGCAGUGCGGUGGGCUUUAUUUGCAUGUAAUUGUAGAUAGGAUUGUAAAUUAAAUGGGACCUCCAUGUCCAAACACUAUAUAUAUUUGAUUAUUAUUAUGCUGGGCAAAUAGAAAAUAAGAGACAUACAGUAUCUUGCUUACUGAGAUUUCAGAAGCACCUGGCUGAAAGAUAUUGGAAACAAAAUACUUGACAAUAUGGAACAGCCUUUCUCAAACUUGGUUCCCCAGAUGUUGUUGGACUACAACUCCCAUCACCCCUAGUUACCAGGACAAGUGGUCCAGGAUGAUGGGUGUUGGUAGUCCGACAACAAUUGGGGACCCAAGUUUGAGAAAGGCAGAUAUGGGGUAUUGGCCUGAUCCAACAAGGCAGUGCUUUCCUGUCCUCCAGUAAUUAUGCAUCAGCAUAUAUGUAGAGCAUAAGAAAAGAAAAUCCUUUUUUCUGUGCUUAGUUUUCAGACACUAGAGAGCUUUGUAAUAUUAUUUGUUAACUCAGUAUUUGGGAUUGUCAGAGACAGCUGGGAAAUAUUGGGAAAAUGGUAACAGGAAUUAUUCUACUGAGAAGUUAUCUGUUGGCUUUUAGUGAUUAUCCUGGAUUUUUUUAAAAAACAGAAAAGUCUGCAUUCCUAUUUUUGUCUAGUGUUUCUCAAUCUAUUUUUGUACUCACACAUUCUUCCAGAUAAAAUUUUGUUGCGAGAAAUCCAAGCCCUGACACUCUACCCAGGCAGGUUUACAAAUUAUCGACGGACAUCUCCAGUUCCCCAGUUGCAUUGUACUGGUGGCUCAGCUGGAUGUGCAGCGUACACACCAGAGGUCGUCCAGUGUUACAACAAAGGCUGGGAUGGCUACGAUGUACAGGUAUAGUUACUUGGGAAUCUGUAUAAAUUAAUUAAUCCUGGUGUUGGGGUGAGAAAAUGCUGUAUGUUCCCUUGAUAAGGCAUACAAAGGAAUAUUCCCUUGAUAGGGCAAAAUGGCCAGGACUUAGGGAGGAUGAGCCAUUGAUGCUUCCCUUUGCAGCCAGAUGUAGGAGGAGGUAAAAAACAGAUUGAGAGAAGCUAGCUCCUCUACAAAGUGGGUCCAUAUUACUUUCAAGAGAAAUUUGGAGACCCAAUCAAUGUUCCGGUGCUAUUAAAGAGUACUUCUGUUUGACAGUCUUCCCCAAGCCACUUUGUGAAUCCUGUUAAGUGGGUAAAGACAUGUUUCCCUCAUUAAUGGGACUCUGAAAAUACCAGCUUUUAGAAAAGCUGAAUUGUAAUAAAAAUUCCCUGAACAAGAUUGUUGACCAACCUGCUUCCUCAGUCACAAGAAUGAAUUAGUAGAAUAUUUUGCGGUCUUCAACAACAAGUAGACUGACGAUUCUGAUCUGAAUGUUUUAUGAGUAAACUCCAUAAGGAUAAUUCUUUAUUGCAUUGCAUUCUUUAAAGUAAUUAUAUUUUUAAUCCUGGAAGAUUGAACUCAUUAGGCCAAAAAUACAGUAGUUACUGCAUAUAAUAAAGUCAAGUACUGUUUUUGUUUUCUUUUUUUGUAAUUGGACAAUGCAUUGUGCCAAGUCAUUAGGAAACAGAGACGUACUGUAGUUCCUUACCAAAGGGAUGUGACUUCUAAAGGGCAUAUUCAUUUCUGGCUUACUUUUUUUAUCUCAGACAGGGAAGAAGCUGACACAGAAUGUUUGAGAGCCAUGCUACUUCACUCUGACACUCCCUCUGCCAACUUUUGUUUAAAACUUUAAACGUUAAAAAUAAUAAAAAUGACAUGCUGUUUUAAUCUUUUGAGGAUAUAUGCAUCCUAUUAAAUUUAAAAAUCCCUAGGGAUAAACAAAAAGUACUAUAUAUAUGCAGUCAAACAGUUGGCGUUGACUGUUGCAGAACUCAGAGAAUACAUGUUUAAAGUCUUAUUACAAGGAAUGUGGUCCAAAUUUAUUAAUUAUUUAGUGUUACUUUCUUGUGAAAUUCCUUUUGAGAACUUGCUCCCAAUCUGCAGGAAAUAGAAAUGCUGUGUGUGUUACACUGUUUUUAAAUAACAUUAUUGGUGAGAUCCAUGGUCAUGUGAGCAGAAGUCCUCUCAUAUGACAGGACUUCUCCUUCUCUCUCUGUAUGCUCAGUCAGAUCUCCAUAAGGUCAUCUAGCAUACAUUUAAGGGGCAGGGAGGGGGAGUCCACGGAUAUCUAGUCCACCUGUGGACAGACACAAUUUGGUAUCUGUAGUUUAUUUUAUUCUACUUAAAAGGAAGCAAAAAUAACAAAUGAUGUUUCCUUUUUCAGUGGGAGUGUAAAGCACACAUGGAUAUUUCAUAUCGCUUUGGAAAAAUCGAAGUAAGCUGUGAAGGCUACGAUUACCCGGAUGACCCUUACAUAUUAAAAGGAUCGUGUGGCUUGGAGUACACAUUAGAAUUAACCAAGGAAGGACAGCAGAAAGCGAAUUCCUUUGGUGGGAGUUACUAUUCCACAACAUCUCAUGAUUCAUUAGGCUCAGGUGCUGGAGUGAUCCUCUUAAUAUUAUUUGUGGGCCUUGUUUACGGCGUCUACAAGCUAUUCCUCUGUGAUAACCGGCCACAACAUGGUUUCUCUCACGGUGAUGGUUAUCCAGGAACCUAUGGGCAGGAUAAUCGAAGUCCCCCUCCACCAGGAUUUAAAUCAGACUUCACACCUCCUCCAGGAUUUAAAUCAGACUUCACAGGUAAAGUUCUCUCUUGUAUAUGACAAUAGGAACACAGGCAUUGAGAGAUCUUGUCCAAAGCUGGACAGUAAGUAGUACUACAUUGUAGAAUUUUCUUCAUUUCUUGUUCUCAGUCCUCACUCAGGUCUGUAAAAGACAUUAUUAUAUUCUGUAGAACUUCAUUCUUAUGAGAGUUCCUUCUACUCUUGAUUUGACAUUUUAUUCUAAACCAAAAGGGUGGGAAACCGUAAUCCCAUGAGAGGGUAAGAGGAUAUGAAAUAGAGUAUGCCACUCAUGUGGGCCUGAGCUCUUAUCUUCUACCAGUCUGCAAUGCAGAAGGAGAUCAGCAUGGAUGCUUCAUUGCUUGUAGGUGUGGCUUGCUUUCUGUAGAUAAUCUUUUCUAUACCCUCUUAAUUACUACCUCUGUAUUUAUAACUAUUUGUGGCAAGAUGUAAUGCUGGUAGUGAUGCAGGUAUAUUAUGUUGUCACAGUACUGUCUUUCAAAUCUCAAGUCAAUGAAAUGGAGUAGAGUAAUCUCAGAAGAUCAAAGAAUGAUUAAGAAUGACUCCAUUGCAUCUUGGAAAUAAUAAACACAAGGUUUUAUUAGCAGAUCCUGAGUCAAUAAAAAGAAGGCAUCAAACAAACUGGAAAACUUGUUGGUAGUACCUGUUCUGCUAAUAUUGCAGGUCCCAUUGUACUACAGUAGUAGUAGUAGUAGUGAUAGUAAUACCCUGUCCACCUGGCUGGGUUGCCCCAAAACAUCAAACAUUAAAAGCAGCUUAUUAGGAAGUAACCCCCAGUGGCAUCUCCAGAUCUACUUUUAAAUAAACAUAUUUGAGAUCAGGCUGUUAGAAAUUUAAAAGACCCUUCAGUUUCUAGCAACGGGGACCUAGUGUUGGCUGACAUAGCAGUGUUAUUGUUUUUUAAUUUGGAGUCUCUUGUUAACUGUAGCAUCAUAAUGAUUUGCAUGUAUGAAUUGACAUCAGAUGAAUUGCCUUCAUAUUACCCAUCAUUACGUAACAGUAUUUAUGAGUGUGCAUGUGUGAACUGUUAGUGUACUUCCCCUUCAUUCCUUCAGAGUUUUUAAGCAGGCCUUGAUUCAACGUCUGAAAUCAUUCGAGAGCAUGCCUUGAUCUUGAGUGACAUUCCAAAGCAAAUAGCACUGCUUCUGUUUCAAAGAUUGUUUAAUCUAAAUCUAUAUAAUUUUAUUUGGAUUAAGGUGAUGCUGGUGGCUCGUAUUCUGGUUCAAAUUCAAACUCAGGGCCAGGAUUUUGGACUGGGUUAGGUGCUGGAGGGCUACUGGGAUACCUGGCAGGCAACCAAAGGUAAGCUCUAAGACUAUCUACCUUGUUUUCUCUUGGCAACAAUAAUUUCUGGGCCUGGUGGGUGAUAUAUUUACAUAAAAUGUGUGAGAGGUGAAAGGAAUGGCAUUCCCAAGGACAAGAAACCAAAGUGAGAGAUUGUCUUCUACAUGCAACAUCCAAUAAUUUAUCUAUUCAAUUUUUAAAGUUUUGAUUAACCAUUCUUUAAUUAGGGGAAUAACUGGAAUUUUCUGAUGUAUAGCUAAAACAAUCAUAGCUGCAAUCAAUAUAUUCAAAAUCAAUCACGAGCCCUAACAUCUAUAGUAAAAUUAAUCCCUAACGUAAGGCCAAAAACUUCCAGAAUCUGUUCUCAUUCAAUUUGGAAUAUAUAUCUUCCACAGAUGCAUAAAAUCUGCAGGAUUUAGAUCGCAUUUCCAGCAUUUGAUGUGAUAUGAUUUGUAAUAUUUGUAAUAUUUUAUUAAGCAUGCUACAGUUUCAAAAGGAAAAAAUGCUUUAAAGUUAUGAGAAAUAUUUAUCUUGUACUAGAAGUGAUCUCUGUUCAUAGUGAUCUAGCCUGUAGUCACUUGGAGACUUUAUUAUAGUAGCCAUGAAGGAGUUAAGUUGUGUGCAAAGUAUUCUUCAGGGCCACAGUCUGGAAACUAGAUUGGCCACCAGAGAAUACAGAAAUCGGCUAUUCUUGAUACAAUGCUCUUUUAAUUAGGCUCCUUGCUUUGCAGUUGCAUAACAUUGCAUCAUUCAGUGAAGAAAUUCCUGCUACCCUGUUUAUAGUAAAGCAGCAGCUUCAAGAGAACUGAGGUGUUAAAUGGUGGUCUUUGCUUUCAAAUAACAGAACAUUUCAAAUACUAAAAAUUCUUAAAUUGUGUUUUGCUUGUUGCAUAUUAUCUUUUGUUUUGGGGAGUUCUAAAAAACAAAAAGGAGAGGGGUACAUUUGAAAAUAAAUAUAAAAUAAUUCAAAGGUCAAGUUACUAUAAAUCGUAUUUAAGCUGGUCUUCCUUCUUUCUAACAUAAGCGUCUAAUAUUUUUCUUGCAUUCCUGUGGCCUGCCUAUUCCAAUACAGUGGUGCCUCGCAAGACGAAAAGAAUCCGUUCUGGGAGUCUCUUCGUCUAGCGGUUUUUUCGUCUUGCGAAGCAAGCCCAUUGAUGGGAUUAGCGGAUUAGCGCUAUUAGCGCUAUUAGCGGCUUUUAGCGGCUUUUAGCGGCUUUUAGCAGCUUAUCAGCUUAUCUGAUAAGCAGAUAAGCGGCUUAGCGACUUAGAAAAAGAGGGGGGAAAGGGGAAAAAAAACCCAGGAACUCGCAAGACAUUUUCGUCUUGCGAAGCAAGCCCAUAGCAGAUUCGUUUUGCGAGGCACCUCCAAAACGGAAAACUCUUUCGUCUAGCGAGUUUUCCGUCUUGCGAGGCAUUCGUCUUGCGGGGCACCACUGUAUACAACUACUGUACAGUAAUGUUUCUUCAGUUUCGUUUGUUAUGAACUAGCUACUUUCCAUUACCAGAUCCAGGUAUAAUUCUGUUAAUUAGCGGUACUUAUUUGAUCUCCAGCUCCUCUUAGCUCAUCUUACAUUCCAGGUUAUUCCUUCCCAGACUCUGGUUUCUUUGGCUCCUUUUGCUUAUCAAGCCUCCCUUUUCUCUCCAUUUCCCUUUGUGCUUUCCCCCACAUAAUUGUUUUGUAGUAUAGUUGAUUAACUGCUGCUUCAAAAGGAAUGAAAUUUAAGUAACAGCUUAUCAGUGCUCAGUUAUCAGUGUAAAAUACAGCCAAGAUCCCAGCCCAUGUAAAUCAGAGGAAAAAGGAAGUUGAUGACAACUCAGUAACCAUAUUAAGUCUCUUCCUUUAAAAAAAGAAAAAAGGCUUAAGAUUCUUAUUUAAGUGAGUUUGCAACAAUUUGUUUUGGCAUUUUCCUGCAAUGUUUAAUUAUUUUUAGUAUUUGCCAAGAACUCACUGAGCACAGUCUUCUAAUCUGCUUUUGUACAGACACUUUAUUUCUUAGGUUCUUAGGUACAGUAAUACUAUUAUUUACACUGGCUGUGUGACCUUGGUUUUGCACUGAAUCUAAAAGACUUUUGAGUAUUUGAUGCUGUUUAUAUCUCUGCAACCUAUUGUGGUGGUUCUGCCUUGAUUAACAUGUAAGAGACUAGAUAAAAUCCCAAAGCUACUCAUGGGAAUUACUGUCUUCUGGCAAGAUUUACCCUGUUCUGUGCAGGCAACAGGUUCCUCUAAGCUGAAGCUAAGUUUGUUUCUUUGGACAGUUUUUAUUAAGAGUUACAUUGGUGGAUUUAGGGGUGUUCAUCAACUUCCUGUGUUUGAAAAUUAACAAUAAAUUGCUCAGUACCAUCCUUGGCAAUCUUGUUCUUUGUUAAAUUGAAGUGCAUUAUUUUAAUGGAACCAUAGGAAAGUUUACUUGUAAUUUGUUGCUGUUAGGAACUAGAAAGCUGCUUUAUAUGUCAGACCUACCUCUGUAUUCUCAACACUGACUGGUAGCAUAUCUCUAGGGUUUGAGGCAGGGUUCUCUCCCAGCCCUACCUCAGGAUGCUGGAUAUAGAAUCUGUCACUGUGCUAUGGCUCUUUCCAGAAUUACUGAAUAUCCACUUGCAUAUAUGAAUGUGUUUUUCCUAUAGUGACCUUUUUAAAAGAAAGGGGUGGUUUCUGGGUUCACAGUGCCUUUGUUGUUGGUGAGGAGUUUCACAUUAUAUGACCUUCCACUUUAAAAAAACCAGACUCCUUAUAGACUUUUUGCCUGAAAAAGAACAUGAACAUGUGAUAUCUGGGUUUAAGGAUUGAAGAAAAUACUGGUUUAUAGAAAGUGUAAUUGUAGGGUGUUACCUUAGAGUGAAUCUUUGGAAUAAUUUUCUAUAUAUAGCUAACAGACAAAGAAUCAGCAGUUCUUUUUUCUUUUAUUAAUUUUGGAUUGUUUUUAUUUAGAUUAGUUUUGUUUUUGCUUUUUUGAUACAAAGGUUCGUAUCAAACAUCCAAUAUCUUUUUAAUUUUCUUUCAAACUUGAAUAAAAUCUAUAGGGGGAAAAUAUUUUUACCUCCCCACUUCUAUACUAGCUUAUCUGUUUCUUUAAACAUUUAUAUUACUACUGCUAUUGCAUGUGGUGGGGAAAUGACAUUUGUCACUAAAAUAGUUUAAUCGAUUUCUCCCCACCACAGGUCAUCUACGUAUAACCGAUAUUCACCUUACCAUAAUACGUGGGCUGGUCCAACUGCUCCACCUCCUACAUUUGGUGCUUCAAACAGCUCUUCAACGUCUUAUUCAGGGACAAAGUCCACCUCAGGUAAGUUAUAAGCCAUGUUAUCUUUAUUUUCCUGGUGAACCUCAGGGGCAGUGACUUUAAUCACUUCAUUGCAGUCCAGAGAAAUUGAUUGCAUUUAAUUCCUGUUUAAUUUUAAUUUUGUUUUUUCAUGAUAUUUUUAUUUUAUUUGCAUUAUUACAUUCAGUUACACAUUUUAACAUUCUUAGCAAUACAUUCCAAAUUAUUGUUUUCAAUACUAUAUGUGUAAAUCUCUAUGUUUAUAUAUUUUCCUUAUUCCUAUCCGUGACUUCCCUCCACCACUUUACAGGUUCUUUUGUUUUUGUUUCUUUUUGUAUUGUGUUGUGUAUAUUGCUUCUGUUUCCCCCAUAAGACGUCUGUCAAUAUUUUAGCUUUACAAAAUUUAGUCAAUGCAUAUAAAUAAAUUUGUUUUGGAACGAUGUUUUGUCAUAUAUUCUUCCACACAUUCCCAUUCUGUAAUGUAAUUCCUGUUUAAAUCUUUGGGGGUAGAUAAGUGACAAGUCAUCUGCCUCACUUUUCAUAGGAUUUAGGCUUAGUUUUCACCAAGCUGAUAAACCUGUAUGGACUGUACAACAUAAUGUAGGAGAAAGCACACAUAAUUUAAUUCUCUCCCAUAUUACUGCCUCGCAUCUGGCAUAUAGAAAAUUUGUAUAUUAAAAUAUGCGAGUAGAACUGCUUUCCACCUAUUUUCAAAAGGUCUUGUCUUACAUGUACAAUAUUUACUCAAAUGGAGUUCUAUUAAACAUUGUAAUAGAUGAGAGAGGAUACACCUACACACCACACAACACAUUUGUAGUAAUGUUUAAUUGUUUAUUGGUGGUGGUUGUUAUAUAUUUAUUUAUUUAUUUAUUUCUUCCUUGCCUUUUUCUCUGACAGUGACAUAAGGCCACUUACAGAUAAAAUAAGAACAGUUGAAAACAAAGGGUGGAGUGGGGAAUAAUUUAAAAACAAGUAAACAUUAAUAGAAUUUAUGUAUAUAAUAUAAAAUGAUUUCUUCAAUCUGUUCUCAAAAGUAUUACCCAUUGACUGAUCAUCUUUCUCUUUCUCUCUUAGGUUUUGGAGGCACAAAAAGGAGAUAAAGUUCCUGAUCUGCUUGAGUGUGUGAAUAAAAACAACUUUCCAGCAAUUCUUUAAAAUUCUUUCCAACAAUUUUGAAACCUGUUUUAGGCUUGGCUUUGUAAAAGUUCAUCUUUGGAUUCAGUUACACAUAUGUGUAUUCGAGUUUGAACUUUAAUAUAUAGUUUUAGAUUUCGGGAGUUGUUUUGGAUAAUUGCUUAGAAUAGAAAAACAAGAAGCGGACACAAAUUCUGUCUGAAACCAUUAAGUCCCAUUGAAAACAAUGGUACAUUUCUGAGUAAACCAUAAUUUACAAUGGGCAACAUUUUUUUAAAAAACCAAAAAAACCAAAAAUAAAGAGCAUGAAGAAAUACUAUUACAGCAGGUUGAAAGCAGCAUGAAGGCGAAUCUUCUCAUUAAACUUGUUCCAAAAUGUUGCUAAAAAUACCCAUUUCCCCAUAAACCAUAAUCAUAGUAACUAUUGUACCAAAUUUUCUCUAUCCAUUCAGAUAUAGUGAGAGAUAUGCUUUUCCCCCUCCCCAAUUUUUAGCUGUUAUAAUCUUAGUAGCAGUUACAGUAUAAGGUUAAACUCUAUUUCUUGAUCAUUUUACGGAAAAACAUCUUUUAGAUUCGUUCCUUCCAAAUAAAAGGGUUCUGUAGUGGGACAAAAAGUUCUUCUUAGUGGCAGAAGCAUCUGUACUUCUUGAUGAGCUUGUAACAGAACCCUCCAUCAGUCAACCUUGAAACAAGGGACAGAUUUCAAAGUAGGGGGGGGGAGGAUAGAGAAGGGUGGGUGGGAGAGAAGGACCUUUGUGGAUAGUUACCUUUAUGCCUGAUAAGUAAAAAACAGAAGUGAAAGUUUGAGAAUUCCAGUUUGCUUUCUGGGGAUAAUAACAUGGAAAUAACAAUGGGGAUAAUAACUAGGAAAUGGCAUAUCUACAUCUUUGAAAAAACUGCUUUAACUUGUUUUUAUUUGGUUUUGGGGUGAAAACACAAGAAUAGACAUGCAUGGGGUUUUAAAAGUAAGUCAGUCUUAUUUGGUUUGCAUUCAACUUAGUCAUAGUUUGAGUAGACCCAUUGAAAUCAGUGGAUUCAAUUGGCUACAACCCAUUGAGUUCAGUGGAGCUUGUUUCCAGGUAUACAUAUAAUUGUAGACCUUGACCCUAACCAGUUCUGGUCAUAGGCCACUAGUACAUAGAAUCACAGAACUGUAGAGUUGGAAGGGUCCCAAGGGUCAUCUAGCCCAACCCCCUGCAAUGCAAGAAUCACAUUAGUUGUACACAGUAAUAUAUCAUCAAAUGACAUAUCCAGCCAAUUCACCUAGAUGAGCACCAUAAUGUGGAUUUCAUCAACAUCAGGUCCUUGUCCUACCCACAUGAUGCUGACACAAAGCCCUACACUAGGACUAGACAACAGAACGAAAGAACAAUCUCCCCAACUCCCUUUUCCCCUCAACUGCAAGAUGUCUAUGACAAAAAUGUAUUUCACUAAAGGCAAACGAACUGUGAAAAAGACUUAUGAAUGCAAAGUGGAGACGAUAGGUGUACCUUUCCCUGUUUUUCUGUUUUGUAACAAAAAAAAACUUUAAUAAAAACUAGUUUUAAAAAAUCAGGUCCUUGUGCAGAAUAGAACUUCCCUGUAAGUUGCUUCCCUUGCUGCAUCAGAGGGCUAUCUUUUCAUAUGAUAGAAUUUGGGUGCGAUAAUAGACUUUGUACAUGUGUUCAUUGAUAUCUUUCUUCAUGCCCUUCAUUCUGCUGAAUAUAAUUAUAUUGUUACUAGUUCCUUGUACACAACCUUUUACUCUUACUGAGAGUACAGUUGUGACUGUUGUCUUGGUUCUCCUUCCACUCCUGUGAGGGGGAGAAAAACCCAAAAUGUUUGCAUGGUAAAAAAUCUUCAUACUUUGGAUUUAAGACUGUGUCAAAGUAACUGAUUUCUUCAUUUAAUAACUCCUUUAACACUAGAGACAAUGGCUAAUGGAAUAGGUAUAUGAAAUCAUAAGAACUGGAUUAAUUUAAUUGAAAAAUCCAGUGUCCUGCAUUAAAUUGACAGCCAUUCUUUAAAAAAACACUACUUUAUAGAUUUGAUAGUUGUGAUCUUCUGGAUGGUUGUUUAUAAACUGCUUUCCUAUGUGGAAAAGAAUAAUGUAUUGAAUGGAGAUAGUGGAACUGGCUUGGUUUGCACAUAAUGUUAAGUCAAAGGUUGGCUUAGUGUGAAUGAACAAACAUGCAGGUACACAGCAAAAAAUGCAGCCGAUUUGCUUCUCCCCUGGUCCUGCUGUUGUUGUACUACCCAGAACUGAGACAUGGUUGGGUUUAGCAUUACUGAUGCUCUAGUCCACUCUGCAUUUUUUCCAUUGAUCAGACAUCUAACAGAUUUAACAGUAAAGAGAAUGGGUUUGGAACUCUGCGUCUGUAUUGUUGCCUUUUAUUCAGCAGUUUCCAUGCUCUCUUUUUGCUGUAUGUUUAACUCAGUAAAUAAGCACAGUUGACAAAUAAUAAGCAGCAAACAUUGAAAUAAAAUGCAGAACUAAUGUUAAUAUGUGCAAAGC